AUGACAUGCACCACCACGAGCCCGCGGCGCUCCUUCGACGCGUCCGUCUCCGUCCCGCAUCCCACUGCGACGGCCACGAGUGCCGUCUCUGCUCUGUCUCCGCCUCUGCGUGCGCUGUGCUCCGGUGCUGUCGCUGGGAUCGUCGCCGACUCGAUGCUGCAUCCCCUCGAAGUCAUUAACUUGCGCAUGAAAAUCCAACAGCAGCCAAGUCUCAAGUAUAACGGUCUGUUUCGCGCGGUGAAGACGAUCUUCAAGGAAGAAGGCGUACGUGGCUACUUUGGUGGCAUAGGCACGACGGUCAUGACUUCGCCCGUGUGUGCGGCGAUGUAUUUCAGUACCUACGAGACGCUCAAAGCCACAGCGGCUCCCUUAGUGCCGGACGAGCACCGGGGCGUAAUCUAUUUUCUCGCUGGAGCUGCAAGUGAAGUGCUGAUUUCGGCGGUGAGUGUGCCGUCGGAAGUGGUCAAGUCCCGCUUGCAACUGGGCUGCAACCCUUGCAACGCCAGUGGAGGCGCAGUCAAGUAUACGCAGAACUAUCGAGGCACAAGGCAUGCCGUCACGUCUAUCAUCCGGUCAGAGGGACUCCGAGGACUCUACGCGGGCUACUCGGCGUGUCUUGGUGUUGACACGUUCUUCUCGGCCUUUUCGUUCUUGUUCUACGAGACGCUGAAGCACCGGUACGAGCAGUACUUGGCUGCGAAGGACAGGAAGCGGCCGUUGAACUCGGCCGAGUCGCUAGUUGCAGGGUCUGUGGCAGGUGGCAUGGCUGCGUUCUUGACGAACCCGUUGGAUGUUAUGACAGUGAGAUUGAUGACGCAGGGCAAGAAGAAGCAGUACGCUGGAGUACGUGACUGUUUGAUCAAGUCGAUGAGCAAGGAAGGGCCAAGCGUUUUGUGGCGAGGCACGACGUGCCGAGUCGUGUCCAUCAUGCCUACAACUGGUAUCUGCUUUGGCGUGUACGAGACGAUUAAACACACGGUCUUUAAUGGAGACGUUGACGACUUCGACUUGGCGUGA